AAUUCAUUGAUUUCUAAAAAUGUGAAACAAAAAAUUGAUUAUAAUUAUAAUAAAUAAUUUUAAAAAUUAUUAGUUAUAUAAAAUGUUAUAUCAAAACUUGUGAAUAAUUACGACGAAAUUAAGCUAAUCAUCAUUUAUAUAUUAUCUACAAAUUAAAAAAAAAUGGAUACUUCAUCAAAAAACAAUAGUCAUAAUUUAGAUCAUGCUAUAGCAGGAGCUGUUAGUGGUUUUGUAACAAGAUUUGCUUGUCAACCUUUAGAUGUUAUAAAAAUUAGAUUUCAGUUACAAGUUGAACCUAUUGCUAACUAUCAUGUUAGUAAAUAUCAUUCUUUUUUACAAGCAUUUUAUUUAAUACUUAAAGAAGAAGGUAUUACAGCAUUUUGGAAGGGACAUAUUCCUGCACAAUUAUUAUCAAUUGUGUAUGGAACAACUCAGUUUUAUUCAUAUCAUAUAUUUAUGAAAAUAUCUUAUAAUUUUUCAUUGUUAAAUGAAUGGAAAUAUUCAACAAAUUUCAUAGCUGGAGCAAGUGCUGGUUUUUUAGCUACAAUUGUAUCAUUUCCUUUUGAUACUAUAAGAACCAGAUUAGUAGCACAAUCAAAUAAUUAUACAAUUUAUAAAGGAAUUCUUCAUUCUUGCAGUUGUAUUAUACAACAUGAAUCUCCAAAAGUUUUUUUUUAUGGAUUAUUACCAACUUUAUUGCAAAUUGUACCACAUACAGGUUUACAAUUUGCAUUUUAUGGAUAUGUGAAUGAUAAAUAUAAGAAAUAUUAUAAUGAAACUAACAUUAGUUUUUACAAUUCUAUGAUAUCUGGUAGUGUAGCUGGUUUAUUAGCUAAAACUGCAAUAUAUCCUUUUGAUCUUAGUAGAAAAAGAUUACAAAUACAAGGAUUUAGAAAUGGCAGAAAAGGUUUUGGUACUUUUUUUGAAUGUAAGGGACUUAUAGAUUGUUUAAAAUUAACAAUAAAGGAAGAAGGAAUAAAAGGAUUAUUUAAAGGUUUAGUGCCAAGUCAAUUGAAAGCCACUAUGACAACAGCAUUACAUUAUACAGUAUAUGAGCAAACUCUAAUAGCAUUAAAAGCAUUAAGAUCAGAUAUUUCAAAAUAAUAAAUUUGUAAUAACACUAA